UAUUGAAUAUUGGCCAAAUGAAAAAAAGGACAAGUGCAUUCCAAAACCAACUGAAUUCCUGUCCUUCACAGAAAUCAUGGGGACUGUAUUAACUGUGUUUUGUUGCUUUGGUGUAUUUUUGUCCAUUUUAAUUUUCAUAAUUUUCUUAGUUCAUAAAGAAACACCCAUUGUCAGGGCCAACAACUCAGAGCUGAGUUUCCUGCUGCUUCUCUCUUUAAAACUGUGUUUCCUGUGUUCUCUGACCUUCAUCGGCCGUCCCUCAGACUGGUCCUGUAUGCUUCGCCACACAGCGUUUGGGAUCACCUUUGUCCUCUGUAUCUCUUGUGUUCUGGGGAAAACGAUAGUGGUGUUGAUGGCCUUCAGGGCUACACUACCAAGCAGCAAGGCUAUGAAAUGGUUUGGUCCAACUCAGCAGAGACUCAGUGUAUUGGCUUUCACUCUCAUACAGGUUGUGAUUUGUAUACUUUGGUUAACAAUCAACCCUCCCUAUCCGGUUAAGAAUAUGGAAACCUAUAUGAAUAAGAUCAUUCUAGAAUGUGCCUUAGGAUCCGCUAUAGGGUUUUGGGCUGUGCUGGGGUACAUCGGAGUCCUAGCUAUGUUAUGUUUCAUACUGGCUUUUCUGGCCAGAAAGCUGCCAGAUAGUUUCAAUGAGGCAAAGUUUAUCACCUUCAGCAUGGUGAUAUUCUGUGCAGUUUGGAUCGCCUUUAUCCCUGCUUAUGUCAGUUCUCCUGGGAAGUUUACUGUAGCUGUGGAGAUAUUUGCAAUUCUGGCUUCCACGUUUGGCUUGUUAAUAUGCAUAUUUGUACCAAAAUGCUAUAUUAUAAUUUUCAAGCCAGAGCAAAAUUCCAAAAAGCAUAUCAAGAGUAAGAUGCAAAGCAAAGGAAUCUAA